AUGAGGAUGAUGUUGAUGAGACGCACCAACCAGAAGAGCGAGGAUGUGCCUAAGGGGAUGAGAGCAGUGGUGAAGAAGAGGAGAGUGAUGACAGCAAUGAGGAGGGUGACGCCUGUGAAGAGCAACGGCAUGUGUUUCGUUGGAGGAAAGCAGACAUUCCCUUUAAAAACGUGAACUUUGGAAGGGAAAAGAAAGAUCGAGUAGAAGAGUUCUCAGCAUUGGAGUAUUUCAAACUAUUUUGGACAGACGAACUUACAAACUUAGUUGUUGAGCAAACAAAUAACUAAAAAAUUCGAACAAGAACGCGACUGAGGAAGGCGAGAACCUAAACAACAUAUGGGAGAAAUUUGAGCUUAAGCUGAAUGAUUGGGUUACAACAACUCUACCUACGAUUGUAUCAGAAGUCAUCAAGUCUAUAGCAGGGGAAGCUGUUAAAAAGCAUAUUGACGAAUAUGUGUCAUCAACAGAAUUCAAAAAAUCCCUCGGUGAAAGCAUCGAUUUUGACUCGCAGCAACUACGUGAUGAAAUCAAAUCCAUAAAUACUGAAUUAAAGACGGGAUUGAUGGAGCUCAAAAACGAAGUGAACAUGCUAAAAAAUGAAAACGAUAAUUUGGAACAGUACACAAGAAGGUGUAAUAUCAGAAUUUAUGGGAUACCUGAAGCCCCAACUGAGUCAACCGAUGACAUUGUCAUAUCUUUUCUCCAAAAGGAAUUGGGUGUCACUAUUUCAGAAGUUGACAUAAGUAGAUCACACCGAGUUGGAAAAAAGACCAACAUAGCACGUCCUAUCAUCAUUCGAUUUACCAAGCAAAGUUAUGAUAUUGAGGAAACGACACUUACUAAAACGGAAUGGUCGGUCUCUAUACAGGAUUCAAGAAGACCUUACACAGACAAGAAGACAACUUUUGAAAUAUUUACAUGA